AUGGGCUUGAACGCUUCGAAAUCCGAGAAAGAUUCCCCAGCACAGAAGAAACCAGGUUUUUUCAGCAACAACAAAUCGACUGAAGUGAUCGCAGUUGAUGUUGAGAAGAAAUCAACUGAGGUAGUCGCAGCUGAUGUUGAGAAGAAAUCAACUGAGGUGAUCUCAACUGGUGGUGAAGAGAAAUCAACUAAUGUGAUUACAGCUGAUGUUGAGAAGAAAUCUACAGAGGUGAUCGCAGCUGAUGUUGAGAAGAAAUUAACUGAAGUGAUCGCAGCUAAAGUUGAGGAGAAAUCAACUAAUGUGAUCGCAUCUGAUGUUGGGGAGAAAUCAACUAAGGAGAUCACAGCUGAUGUUAAAAAAUCGACUGAGGUGAUCUCAGCCAAUGUUGUUGCAGAAACGUCUGAAAAUCUGGACGGAGCUUGUAUAUCUCAGCAUAACGCCGAAGGACAAGAGCAAGUAAUCGAGUAUGCUUCAAAGUCUUUAACAAAAGCUGAAGGAAACUAUUCUCAGAUAAAGAAGGAAGCUUUGUCAAUUAUUUAUGGAAUUCAAAAAUUUCAAAAUUAUUUUCUGGGACGUCAUUUUACCUUAAGAACAGAUUAUAGACCACUGGUCAACAUUUUUGACGCUACUAGAAUAUCAGUUUCUAGUAGAACCAGCAGUUGUUUGACUAGGUGGGGUCUCCAGCUAUCGCAGUACAAGUACGAUAUCGAAUAUCGAAGUUCCUCCAGUCAUGCAAACGUUGAUGCCUUGUCACGUCAUCCUUUUGGACAUGAUAAAACUUUCGAUCAAUUUAGUCGACAAGACGUAGAAGCUGACCAGUUUGUGGCCAACCUAGAGACCCAAAAUGUUAAAAAUGGACCCAUUGUCUACAAGCAACUUCAGAACUACGUUAGAAAAGAUGCCGUCUUACGAGAAAUCAUUCGAUACAUUAAGGAAGGAUGGUCAGCAAAAUUAUUGAAUGCAAGCGUCAAACCGUAUUCUUCUAGCAAACAUCAACUUUUAGUUAUUGAUGGAUGCCUUUUGAAGCAUGGAGACAAAACAACCCGAGUUGUCUUACCAUCUGCCAUUAGGCAAUGGCUUCUGCUACAGUUGCAUAGAGCUCAUGUGGGCUCUGCCUGCAUGAGGAAACUGGCUCGUCGAUAUAUCUGGUGGUCAAGUAUCGACUGUGAUAUAGAUAAAAGGAGUAAAGAAUAUGACACUUCUGGGGAGUCUCCAUCAAAACAACUUCUAUUGGGUAGAGAACUUCCAUGUUCUCUCGAUAUGCUAGUGCCAGAAUUAACCGCCCAUGAAGAUCACACUAGGCAGUUACUGAAACGCAAAGUUCAAGAGUGUCAAGAAAGACAAAAAGAAAGACAUUCUCAUACGUCUCAUGAAAUGAAAUCCUUUCAAAUAUUAGAAGCUGUUUUUACAUAG